AUGUCCAAGCUCAUCAACCGCGUCACCAUGUUCAAGCUCGACGGAGCCGAGAACCAGGCCAAGCUGCUUGCAGCUUAUGAGAAGCUUGCUAAGGAGCAGAACAGGGACGGAAAGCCUUAUAUCGCAUACCUGAGCGCCGGAAUCGCUCACGAUGACCCGCGCUCCAAGGGCUACACCAUCGUUGCGCAGUCAUCCUUCUACAGCCUCGACGACAUGAAGUACUACGAUGAGACCGACCCGAGCCACCAGGAGCUCAAGAAGACCGCCAGGGGGGCUGGGUUGGCGGAGCCGCCUCUGACUGUCUAUGUCGAAUCCGCCCCGGUCAUCGACGUGAAGAGGGGUUAG